AGUCGUUCUGGAUUUAACACGAGAGAAGCAGAAGCAUCGCUCCAACCGCCGAAAGUACAAGUCGUUUGCAGACAGAAAGGCGUUCAACAACGACGGCAAAAGCUUGAGCCAUGUGUGGGAUCUUUGCCUACCUGAAUUACCAAGUGCCUCGCACCAGAAAGGAGAUAUUUGAGACGCUGUUGAAGGGACUGCAGAGACUGGAGUACAGAGGGUACGAUUCAGCAGGUAUUGCUGUGGAUGGUCCUAACAAGACGACCACUGACGUCAAUGGUAACACAAUCUGCUUGAUCAAGAAGAAGGGGAAGGUCAAGGCUCUGGAUGAGGAGCUAUACAAAAAAGACACACUGGACCUGGAUGCGGAGCUGUGCACACACUUUGGCAUCGCUCACACUCGUUGGGCCACACACGGAGAGCCGAGUGCUGUCAACAGCCACCCUCAUCGCUCUGACAAGGACAACGAGUUUGUUGUCAUCCACAAUGGCAUCAUCACCAACUACAAAGAGCUGAAGAAGUACCUGAUCACCAAAGGAUAUGAGUUUGAGUCAGAGACGGACACGGAAGUGAUCCCGAAAUUGAUCAAAUACAUUUACGACAACCGAGAGAGUGACAGCAUCUCCUUCUCCACGCUGGUCGAGAGAGUCAUUCAGCAGCUGGAGGGAGCCUUCGCGCUGGUGUUCAAAAGCCGUCAUUUCCCUGAAGAGGCUGUGUCUACCAGGAGAGGAAGCCCAUUGCUCAUUGGUGUGCGAAGCGAGCAUGAGCUGUCGACCGAAAACAUCCCCAUCCACUACCACGGUGGUCACAUAAAGGAGGGAGUCCAGGAGAAGAACAGCCAUAACCGCCCUAACCCCGCCGAUGCCAUCGGCUCUGUGGGGGAUGGCAGGGCUGUGGAGUAUUACUUUGCCUCUGACGCCAGUGCCAUCAUUGAGCACACCAACAAGGUGUUGUACCUGGAGGACGAUGACAUCGCAGUGGUGACUGGAGGGAAACUCUCCAUCCACAGGAUGAACCGGCAGGCUGGAGAGGACCCCGUCAGGGCAAUCCAGACCCUGCAGAUGGAGCUGCAACAGAUCAUGAAAGGUAACUUUGAUGCCUUCAUGCAGAAGGAGAUCUUUGAGCAGCCGGAGUCAGUAGUCAACACUAUGAGAGGCCGGAUUUGCUUUGAUUCCAACACAGUGACACUCGGUGGGCUGAAGGACCACCUGAAAGAAAUCAAACGUUGCAGAAGGCUAAUUAUGAUUGGCUGUGGCACUAGCUUCCAUGCUGCAGUGGCUACCAGACAGAUCCUUGAGGAGCUGACAGAGCUGCCUGUCAUGGUGGAGCUGGCAAGCGACUUCCUGGACCGCAACACCCCCGUUUACAGAGAUGACGUUUGCUUCUACAUCAGCCAGUCAGGAGAGACAGCAGACACCUUGAUGGCACUGCGCUACUGUAAGGACCAUGGUGCUCUGACAGUUGGUAUAACCAACACUGUGGGCAGCUCCAUUUGUAGAGAAACUGACUGCGGAGUCCACAUCAAUGCUGGGCCUGAGAUAGGAGUGGCUAGCACAAAGGCCUACACUAGUCAGUUUGUGGCCCUGAUCAUGUUUGGCCUGAUGAUGAGUGAGGACAGGCUCUCCCUACAGAAGAGAAGACUGGAGAUCAUCAGCGGCCUAAGGGUGCUGCCUGAGCUGAUAAGGAAAGUGUUGUCUCUGGAUGAGAAGAUCAAGACCAUUGCCAAUGAACUAUAUCAGCAAAGGUCCCUUCUGGUCAUGGGCCGAGGUUUCAACUAUGCGACCUGCCUAGAGGGGGCGCUUAAAAUCAAGGAGAUCACAUACAUGCACUCAGAGGGCAUCCUGGCCGGGGAGCUGAAGCACGGUCCCCUGGCACUCAUAGACAAAAACAUGCCAGUCAUCAUGAUCAUCAUGAGAGACGCCUGUUACUCUAAGUGCCAGAAUGCUCUGCAGCAAGUCACUGCCAGAUCGGGUCGGCCCAUCAUCUUGUGUUGCCAGGACGACCCUGAGGUGACUAAGAAUGCCUACCAGACCAUCGAGCUGCCACAUACUGUGGACUGUCUGCAGGGCAUCCUCAGUGUCAUCCCCCUGCAGCUCCUGUCGUUCCACUUGGCCGUCCUGCGAGGAUAUGACGUUGACUGUCCCAGAAACUUGGCCAAGUCUGUGACUGUGGAGUAGAUACAGCUCACAAGGCGCAAUAUAGGAGAGAGGAAGCUCAUAGAUUUACAGUGCAAUUGUGCAAUUGAACGUUCAGUAUGUUUGUGCGUGCAGAUGUGUGUGUGUGAUUGUGGUUGUGGAUUGGGGUGAAGUACAGGCUGUUUUUGUGUGUGUGGGCAUGAGGGUGUGAAUGAGAGAGUGAAUGUGAGAGAUGAAAGAGGGUGAGGGUAUAUGGUACAAUGCCUU